CCGAGCACAACUAGAUGCAGCGCGGGGAUCAUUGUGUGGGGAGAGAGGAGACACAGAGGGAAGACUUCGCGCUUCAUCCGCCACAUGGAUCUUCUUUGCUUCCUAUUGAUCUGUUUAAAGAAGUUACCCACUGACAGUUUUUUAACGCCCGUGCGUCUCUGGAACAGAGAGGUUGUGUCACCGCUUUUUGCCUCAGAUGAACUGACAGCCUUAUGAAUAAGAAGGGCUCAUCCUUGAGGAGCCCUACAUGAUGAAAGAGAAAAAUCCGGGAAAGCCUCAGAGGAGUGAUUCAGCUGCUUCCUUUCUCAGCCCUUCUGUGAGCUACUAGCACUGUCCUUUCUGGUGAUGAUAUUUGUUAACCUCAGGUAAACUUGCCUAGGAAGUGGGCCAAUCUGCUCCGAUGGGGUUGGACAACGAGACCAACCAAACUCUUCCAGACGUGGCCCCGUACAGCCUCCAGAUCUCCCUGCCGCUCACUGUGCUGGUGGGGAUCUUGAUCCUGCUGACAGUGUUUGGCAAUGUGCUGGUGGUCAUAGCUGUGUUUACGAGCCGGGCCCUGAAGGCUCCGCAAAACUUAUUUUUGGUGUCUCUGGCGUCGGCGGACAUUUUGGUGGCUACCCUCGUGAUGCCUUUCUCCUUGGCCAAUGAGCUCAUGGGAUACUGGUACUUUGGCGAGGUGUGGUGUGAGAUCUAUCUGGCACUUGAUGUUCUUUUCUGCACCGCCUCCAUAGCCCACCUCUGCGCCAUCAGCUUGGACCGCUACUGGUCCAUCACGCAGGCCAUCGAGUACAACCUGAAGAGGACACCACGACGCAUCAAGUGCAUCAUCAUCAUUGUGUGGGUCAUUGCGGCGGUGAUCUCUUUCCCACCUCUAAUCACCAUGGAGAAAGAAAACAGUGAGAAGGACCCUGUCUGUAAGAUCAAUAACGAUAAGUGGUACGUGAUUUCCUCAUGCAUCGGCUCCUUCUUCCUCCCCUGUGUCAUCAUGGUCCUGGUCUACGUGCGGAUCUACCAGAUCGCCAAAAAGAGGACGCGGGCGCCACCAGGAAACAGGAAGCAGAAGGAGAUGCCGAAGACAGCCACCAUUGCUGCUGCCAACCAGAAGGAGAACGGUAUGGGCGCAGGCGACGCUGAGGACCGCCUCUGCCACGAGAAGCUGAAUGGAGAGCGGGACAUCGAGCUGAAGGAGGGAGUAGGGGGGGCAGAUGAGGAGAAGGAAGAGGCCAACGGGGUGGACCUUGAGGAGUCGUCCUCCUCUGACCACAAAGUGAACAAUCCCUGCUCGAUCAAAAAAAAAGCAGCCAAGAAGAAAACCAAACUGAGCCAAAUCAAACCGGGGGACAAUGACGUCCAAAAGCGGGCACCGAGCACAAAGGGCAGCCGCUGGAAGGGCCGACAGAACCGGGAGAAACGCUUCACCUUCGUCCUGGCCGUGGUCAUCGGAGUGUUUGUCAUCUGCUGGUUUCCCUUUUUCUUUACAUACAUGCUAAUGACGUUGUGCGAGUCCUGCCCAGUGCCCGACACCUUGUUCAAGUUCUUCUUCUGGUUUGGCUAUUGCAACAGCGCGCUGAACCCCAUCAUUUACACUAUCUUCAACAAUGACUUUAGGAGGUCAUUCAAAAAGAUACUGUGCAGGAGGGACACCAGAAGAUAUGUAUGAUGGACUUUUUACAUGCAUAUCUCUUUUUUUUUUACUUUACUGUACAUAAAUUGUUAAGUACAUUUACCAUUGUGCAUGGGUCACUGGCUUGUGAACGCUCUAGGUGUAACUGCUUAAAAAGGCUUUCCCGGGAUGAGCUUUAUGUGCAGCGUCUUCUCAAAUCAUCCACCACCCACAGCUUCAACACCGACCACGAUCACACAGAGACGUCUCAACACGACAGUGAAACCAUGCCUUUAUUGCAAAAUGUUAUUUUUAUUUUUAUAAAGGAAACCAACAUUGUGAAGUCAUGAUAUGUGUUGUACUUUACGACAAUAUGUUAUGUGUUAAUAUUUGUCUCUAUUUUUAUUGUUAUAGAUACAGUAUAUAUGCUGUUUUGUAUGAUAUGAUGAUGACAAUGGUUUGAGUGACAAUGAUGAUAACGGCGAUGACAAAGUGUGGGGAAA